UCGCUUUUUUCUCCCUGAAUAGCCUCCUAAAAAGAAAAGUGGAAAAAAGAAAGGAAAAAAGAAGUCUGCCAAAUCGAAGACACCUACAAUAGUAGAUGGAAUUAGCACAGAGGAGAUGAGUAAAGAACAGUUGGAAGAACACAUUGUCCGAUUAAGAGAGGAGUUAGAUAGAGAACGUGAAGAACGCAAUUACUUUCAACUGGAGCGAGAUAAAGUGAACACUUUUUGGGAAAUCACAAAACGACAGCUUGAAGAAAGAAAGGCAGAGCUACGUAACAAAGACAGGGAAAUGGAGGAGGCAGAGGAAAGGCACCAAGUAGAAAUCAAAGUUUACAAACAGAAAGUGAAGCAUUUAUUGUAUGAACACCAGAACAACAUUGCAGAACUUAAAGCUGAAAGUGCUGUGGCAUUGAAGUUAGCGCAAGACGACCACAAAGGCAAUGAGCAAGACCUGAGAAAGGACAAGAGAUCUCUCAAGGUGGAACUAAAAGAACAAGAACUUUCUCAUGAAGAUGUUGUUAAAAAUCUCAAGAAGGGUCAGGAUGAGCAUGUAACAAAACUCAGACAAGACUUUGAGAGACAAGUUAAAGAAAUUGAGUCAAAGUAUGACAAGAAAAUGAAGGCACUCAGAGAGGAACUAGAGCUGAGGAGAAAAACUGAAAUACAUGAAAUUGAAGAGCGCAAGAAUGGUCAAAUCAACACCUUGAUGAAGAAUCACGAGAAAGCCUUCAGUGACAUCAAGAAUUACUACAAUGAUAUAACACUGAAUAAUUUGGCUCUAAUAAACUCUCUGAAGGAACAAGUCGAGGAGAUGAAAAAGAAGGAUGAGAGAAUGGAGAAACAAAUGAAUGAAAUCAUGGCAGAGAAUAAGAGAUUAACAGAACCAUUACAGAAAGCCAGAGAGGAGGUGGAAGAACUGAGAAAACAGCUUGCAAACUAUGAAAAAGACAAAGCGUCCUUGGCAAGUGCCAAAGCACGACUUAAAGUUCAAGAAGAAGAGCUUCGGAGUUUACACUGGGAACACGAAGUUCUUCAACAGCGCUUCAGUCAG